CACCCAGUCACACACUUGGCUAGCAAACAUUUACCUGCCUCUGAACCCUGCUGAGGUAUAGCACAGAGGGAGAGAACUAAACCAGUCACAAAUUGCAAGAAAAGUAUCUGGGAAAGAGGUUUAGGGACUAACACAGAAGUCUCCAAAGGGAAAUUUUUGCAGGAGGACAGAGAUCCAGAGUCCACAUUUUCUCUUUUCUCUUCUGUGGCAAACACUUUGUUGAACAGAGAUGGACUGGAGCAGCAACACUUCCAUCGGUUUAGUGUUCAUCCUGGCUUUUCUAUACAUUUUGAAAAUAGCAGGUUUCUGGGACAACAACCAGAGAAAGAAUUUUCCUCCAGGACCAAGAGCAUUACCUAUAAUUGGAAACCUUCAUUUAUUUGAUUUGAAGAGACCCUACAGGACUUAUGCACAGCUGUCAAAGGAAUAUGGCCCAGUCUUCAGUGUUCAGAUGGGGCACAGGAAAGUAGUUGUGAUUUCUGGGUAUGAGACAGUGAAGGAAGCUCUUGUAAACCAGGCAGAUGCAUUUGCAGAGAGACCUAAAAUCCCAGUCUUUGAAGAUUUGACCAAAGGAAAUGGGGUUGUUUUUGCCCAUGGUGAAAACUGGAAGGUGAUGCGAAGAUUUACUCUCACAACCUUACGAGACUUUGGGAUGGGGAAAAGGGCCAUUGAGGAUCGAAUUGUGGAGGAAUACGGGUACCUGGGAGACACCAUCGCCUCACAACAAGGAAAGCCCUUUGACGCCAGUAAAAUAAUUAAUGCAGCAGUUGCCAACAUAAUUGUGUCAAUAUUACUUGGAAAACGAUUUGACUACAAAGACUCCAGAUUUGUGAGACUUCUAAAUCUGACCAAUGAAAGCGUGAGGCUUGCUGGGAAACCUUUGGUGACGAUGUACAACAUCUUCCCAUACCUUGGAUUCCUGCUAAGGGCUAACAAGUCUCUUCUCCAAAACAGAGAUGAAUUCCAUGAUUAUGUAAAAGUUACUUUUGUAGAACAUCUCAAAAACCUGGACAAAAAUGACCAAAGAAGCCUUAUUGAUGCUUUUCUGGUUAAGCAGCAGGAGGAGAAAUCCACUACCAAUGGUUACUUCCAUAAUGGCAACUUGUUAAGCUUGAUGAGCAAUUUGUUUACUGCUGGUGUUGAGACAAUUUCUACUACACUAUACUGGGGCUUUCUGCUGAUGCUAAAAUACCCUGAAAUUCAGAGAAAGGUCCAAGAAGAGAUAGAUCAAGUGAUAGGGUCAAACCCCCCACGGAUCGAGCACCGAACUCAGAUGCCAUAUACAGAUGCUGUCGUCCAUGAAAUCCAGAGGUUUGCCAAUAUCCUGCCAUUGGAUCUGCCUCAUGAGACUGCUGCAGAUGUCACCCUCAAAGGCUAUUUCAUUCCCAAGGGAACCUACAUCAUCCCCUUGCUGACCUCAGUCCUGCGCGACGAGUCGCAGUGGGAGAAACCAGACGUGUUCUACCCUGAGCACUUCCUCGAUGCCAAUGGGAAAUUUGUGAAGAAAGAUGCUUUCAUGCCCUUUUCAGCAGGGAGGAGGAUCUGUGCUGGGGAGACUUUGGCCAAAAUGGAGCUCUUCCUCUUCUUCACCAGCCUCCUGCAGAGGUUCAACUUCCUGCCUCCACCUGGAGUUUCCACCUCAGACCUGGACCUCAGCCCUGCUAUUUCAUUUAAUAUCAUUCCCAAACCCUAUGAAAUGUGUGCUGUGACACGUUCCUAGAGCUCUAAGCAGCAUUUAUUUGUUUCAAAAAUGUUCAAAUUACUUUUCCAUGACAUCUGCCUUCCUAAUCCUUUGACCAAAAUAAUUCACAACUUAAUGAAGGUUUUCAGUACUUCUAAACCAAA